UCAUCUUAGUGCCUCCCACGCAAAAUAUAUAUUUGUGCCGCGUAAAAUCAAGUUUAAUCAUUCACUUUAAUUAAAAAUACAAAUCGUCGACUCUUAUAUAUCCUCUCUACAAGAGUAAACAGAUAACAUCAAAAACAUUUGAUCACACAAAACUUCAAUAUCUCACAAACGAGAGGCCGGUUAGGAGGAAAUUACAAAAAUGUCCUCCUACGGCAGACUCGACGAGCAUGAGCAAGCGAAACUUGAGGCAAGUCGGAAGACAAAGAAGAGAAUUGCCAUCAUCGCUAUAUCUUCCAUCGUUCUCGUCUGCAUUGUCGUCGGAGCCGUCGUUGGAACCACAGCUCGCGAUAACAGCAAGAAACCACCGACGGAGAAUAACGGAGAGCCAAUAUCAGUCUCCGUGAAAGCCCUGUGCGACGUGACAUUGCACAAAGAAAAAUGUUUCGAGACCCUUGGAUCGGCUCCAAACGCGAGCCGAUCAAGCCCAGAGGAGCUUUUCAAGUACGCCGUCAAAGUCACCAUCACGGAGCUCUCGAAAGUUCUCGACGGAUUCUCCAACGGCGAACACAUGGAUAACGCCACGUCAGCAGCAAUGGGGGCUUGCGUGGAGCUUAUCGGGCUAGCCGUUGAUCAACUCAACGAAACAAUGACGUCGUCCUUGAAGAACUUUGACGAUCUAAGGACGUGGCUUAGCUCCGUGGGAACGUACCAAGAAACGUGUAUGGAUGCGUUAGUGGAAGCGAACAAACCAAGUUUAACGACUUUCGGAGAAAACCAUUUGAAAAACUCGACGGAGAUGACUAGCAAUGCGUUAGCGAUCAUAACGUGGCUAGGGAAAAUCGCUGACACCGUUAAGUUUAGACGACGUCGUUUGUUGGAGACUGGUAACGCCAAAGUCGUUGUAGCUGACUUGCCGAUGAUGGAAGGUCGGAGACUUUUGGAGAGUGGUGAUUUGAAGAAGAAAGCGACUAUCGUGGUGGCUAAAGACGGGUCGGGGAAAUAUCGGACGAUUGGUGAGGCUUUAGCGGAAGUGGAGGAGAAGAAUGAGAAACCUACGAUUAUAUAUGUGAAGAAAGGAGUUUAUUUAGAGAAUGUUAGGGUUGAGAAGACGAAAUGGAAUGUUGUGAUGGUUGGAGAUGGACAAAGUAAGACUAUCGUCUCUGCUGGACUCAACUUCAUCGAUGGAACCCCCACUUUCGAAACCGCCACAUUUGCUGUGUUUGGAAAGGGGUUCAUGGCUAGGGACAUGGGCUUCAUUAACACAGCUGGUCCAGCUAAGCAUCAAGCCGUAGCUCUAAUGGUAAGCGCAGACUUAUCUGUGUUCUACAAGUGCACCAUGGACGCUUUCCAAGAUACAAUGUACGCUCAUGCACAACGUCAGUUUUACCGUGAUUGUGUUAUCCUCGGAACCGUUGAUUUUAUAUUUGGAAACGCUGCGGUUGUAUUCCAAAAGUGCGAGAUCUUGCCUCGUCGUCCUAUGAAAGGCCAGCAGAAUACAAUAACCGCUCAGGGCCGGAAAGAUCCGAACCAAAACACAGGAAUUUCUAUCCACAAUUGUACUAUCAAGCCUUUGGAUAACUUAACCGAUAUCCAAACAUUCCUAGGCCGGCCUUGGAAGGAUUUCUCUACAACGGUUAUCAUGAAGUCGUUCAUGGACAAAUUCAUCAACCCGAAAGGGUGGUUACCGUGGACAGGAGAUACCGCGCCAGACACGAUCUUUUACGCCGAGUACUUAAAUUCCGGGCCAGGAGCAUCGACCAAGAACCGGGUUAAGUGGCAAGGGUUGAAGACGUCUUUAACAAAGAAGGAAGCAAAUAAGUUUACGGUGAAACCUUUUAUAGACGGCAAUAACUGGUUGCCGGCUACCAAAGUUCCCUUCAACUCUGAUUUUUGAUAUUUUUUGCUGGAAAAGGCUGGUCUGAAAACUGAUGCAUGGCUAGUCGUUCUUUAAUUUGUUUAUAACGAACAUACAACAUUCCCUUCUAAAACAUUUUCUUGUAUUGGCUUUAUUUCAAAGUGUCUGAAUUUGUUUCUAUAUAUUCAUAUAAUUUCGGAGGUGUUUCUUCUUAACGCAAAUCAUAUAAUAUGUAUGCGUCAACUUAUACAAUCAAGUUCCUAUUUAUGAUCAUGAUAUCAAAAUAGGUUUUUUUU